AUGUCUGAACGCAAAGUACUUAACAAGUAUUUCCCCCCGGACUUUGACCCGGAUCUCAUUCCGCGUCGAAAAGGAUCCAAGAAUUCACAGCAGGUAGUUCGAUUAAUGGCUCCCUUUUCUAUGCGCUGUAAUACUUGCGGAGAAUAUAUCUACAAGGGCAAAAAAUUCAACGCCCGCAAAGAAACAGUGGACGGCGAGGACUACUAUGGCAUCAAGAUAUUUCGAUUUUACAUCAAAUGCACACUCUGUUCAGCCGAGAUCACGUUCAAGACAGACCCCAAAAACACGGACUAUUCUGCAGAACACGGUGCUUCUCGGAAUUUCGAGCCAUGGAGAGACGAACAAGCGGUUCAGGAGGAGGACCGGCUGGCGAAGCUUGAAGAAGAAGAGAACAAUCCUAUGAAGGCGCUCGAAAACCGGACGACGGAUUCCAAACGCGAAAUGGACAUUUUGGACGCCCUACAAGACAUCCGUGCCCGGAAUGCGAGAAACGAACGAGUGGGAAACACUGUCGAUUUGCUGGACCGGAUAGGACUGGAGGAAAUAGAGUCGGCAGAGGACCUAGAGUGCAAGAAACUGGAGGAGGAAGAUGAGAAAUUGGUGAGAGCUGUCUUCUCCAAGGUUUCGAUGCCGGGCUCUUCGACGGACUCAACCGUGGACAACGUGAUAACCGUGAAACGGAAGGCGGACGAUAUUGAGCCAAACGUACACAGCCUGUUGUCAGGCUCUACACGAGCGCUGAUAUCUACCAAGGUGUCGUCAGUGAAGAAGGCUAAAACGGCGGGCAAGAACGCUCUAGGAAUAAAGAUGGUAAAGAAGGUGAAGACGUAA